UGGAAGUCUGAAGAGGGGUCACAAACAGUCAAAUGUUGUUUUAUUUUCAGAAGCUGGUAUAUUAUUGACAGACACGUGCAAUUGUAAUACUGUAACACUGAACAUUUUAUAAUGGACGCCAGGGUUGUUUUAAGUUUUCUCUGUAUGACUGGGGUAUACGUGGAGAGCAAUCCAGGCCCAUUGGAAGAUGUUAUCAUAGAUAGAUAUUCUGUCCCUACAGUUUGUCCUAGAGAAGUAGAAAGUGGAGAUUAUGUCCGUUAUCACUAUAACGGUACUUUUACGGAUGGAAAGAAGUUCGACUCGAGCCAUGACCGUGGCACCCCCUUCAGUGGACAGGUGGGAUUGGGCCGGCAGAUCACAGGCAUGGACCGCGGGAUUCAGGGCAUGUGUGUUAACGAGCGCAGAAGGAUCACCGUGCCCCCACACCUGGCCUACGGGAGUCUGGGAGCAGGUAACGUUAUCCCCCCAGACACCACACUGGUGUUCGAUGUGGUCCUGCUGGAUAUCUGGAACAUGGCGGACAAGGUCCAGACACACAUUCUCAGCAAGGCGCAGGACUGCAAGCGCACCGUACAGAAAUCUGACUUUGUCCGCUAUCAUUAUAACGGCACCCUGUUGGAUGGCACGCCAUUCGAUUCCAGCUACAACAGGCAGCAGACCUAUGACACCUAUGUUGGCCAGGACUGGCUGAUCAAGGGGAUGGAGGAGGGGAUUCUGGGCAUGUGUGUGGGAGAGAAGCGGAACAUCAUUAUUCCUCCUUUCCUUGCCUACGGAGAGAAGGGAUAUGGCACAGAGAUCCCUCCCCAUGCAAGUCUGAUUUUUGACGUCCUGCUGGUGGACCUGCACAAUCCUAAAGAUGACAUCAUUGUGGAAAACCAGGUGGUGCCGGAGUCCUGCUCACGGAAGUCAGUGGUUGGCGAUUACAUCCGCUACCACUACAAUGCCACCUUCAUGGAUGGCACGCAGUUCGACUCCAGCUACCAGAGGAAUAGCACCUACAACACUUACAUCGGCAUGGGCUAUGUGAUCGCAGGCAUGGACAAGGCCCUGCAGGGUGUGUGCAUGGGGGAGAAGAGGCGCAUCACCAUGCCCCCACACUUGGCCUAUGGGGAGAAUGGAGCAGGCAAGGACAUUCCUGGCUCAGCCGUGCUGGUCUUCGACAUCCAUGUCAUCGACUUCCACAACCCCAAAGACAUAGUGGAAAUCCAGAUUACCCACAAACCCGAGGAGUGCAACCUGACCAGCAGUGGGGAUGAUCUGAUCCACUAUCACUACAACUGUUCCCUGAUGGACGGCACGCUGCUCUUCUCCUCCAAGGACUAUGAGAACCCGCAGGAGGUGGUACUGGGGGCAGAUAAGGUGAUUGACGGGCUGGACGAGGGGCUGCGGGGUAUGUGUGUGGGUGAGAGGAGAGUGCUCAUCAUCCCACCCCACCUGGGCCACGGUGAGAGAGGAGUGAUUGGCGUACCUGGCAGUGCGGUGUUGCACUUCGAGCUGGAGGUAGUGGAGAUCCAGAAGGGGGUGCCAGAGGGGUAUCUGUUUGUGUGGCUGGAGGACACCCCCAAUGAACUCUUCCAGGCUCUGGACCUGAAUAAGGACAAUGAGGUGCCCCCAGAAGAGUUCUCAGAAUUUAUCAAGGCCCAGGUGGCAGAAGGUAAAGGUCGUCUGCGGCCAGGUCAGGACCCAGAUUCCGUUAUCCAAGCCAUGUUCGCAAACCAGGAUCGCAACAAGGAUGGCAAGAUCACCGCAGAGGAGCUGAAACUGAAGGUGGAUGAGGAUGCAGAGAAGGCUCGGCAUGAAGAACUGUGAAGGAGAGGGCUGAACAGACACACGAGGGGGACUGACAUGGAGAGAAGUUGCCAUGUAGCUGGGGGUGUGACUCCCCAUGCAUCUACCCCAUAGGCAUAGAGCCAUCCACCAACCACCCUCCAACCUGGUCUUAGAGCCCUGCCUUUCCUCAGGCUCUCCACUCCAUCUGGUCUAGAUAACAGUGUUUAGAUGCCAUGUAAUCAAACCAA